AGCUACCGGUUGAUUGAAGCGCCUCUAUUGCCAACACGAAGCACUGUGUGUCGCUGCGCAGAUCACGUGCAGCAGUUCUCAAACCGCCACCCGUCCCCAAAAAACUACCGCUAUAUUUCCUUUACCACCCCCACAACAAGUUGUUUUCAGCAGCAUGUCCUCUUUCAAAGCUGAAAACGUCAUUCGCGACCACCUUGAGGCGGAGGAGCUGUCGCUUACUGGGAUGCACCUCACCUCUCUCGACGGCCUGCUGCCGUUGCUGGCGGAGAUGCCCUUUCUGCGUCGCCUUGACCUCUCGAACAACGAGCUGCGUGAGCUGCCCAUGGACCUGUCUGCCCUAGCAGGCGUAGAGGAGCUCAACCUCAGCUCCAACCCUAUCUGGGGCCUGCAUCACAUUGCCCACGGCCUGCAGUCCCUGCCUCACCUGUCCCACCUUACGGUGACGUUACCCAUACCGGCCGAGGAAGAGCAGCUCAUUCUGCGGCUGCCGGCGUUGACGAUGCUGAAUGGGACGGCGCUGACGGACGUGACGGGGAGCGACGCCGCAGAGGCCGCGGCGACACCCCCGCCACCGCAACAAGACGGGUCGUCUGAAAACGAGAAAAACGACGAUGCGUUUGCGUACUGGAGUUCGCGGGACUCGGAGGGCAUCGAGGACCUGUUCGCGGACGUGAGUCGCAAAGAUGCGCUCUCGACGCAGGAGUUCUUCGAUUACAUGAACCGCGUCGUGCAGCACGUCACCUGCCUCACCGCGGCGGAGGACGAUAUCUUUGCCCAGGAGGGCGAGGUGCUCAAGGCGCGCCGCCUGCUGUACGAGUUCUGCUUCGGCAACGUCAUCCGCAAUACCUUCAAGGACGGCCACGACGCCCUCGGGCGACAGCUGCAGGCCCUCCUGCGCUACGAGUCGUCCAUGAUGGAUCAGUACGACAUGCACUGGCGGCGUGCCCUGCGUGACCGCGAUACGCGGAUGGGCCACAUGAAGCACGAUAUGCAGGACGCGAUGGCGGACAUAGCAUACCUCAUGGAGCACCCUCCCGCCGGCGAGGAGCGCCGACAGCCACAACCGCCACAAGAGCCACAGGAGCGCAGUCAGCUGCACAGCGCACCGUCACCGGCGCAGGCCCUCGCCACCAGCGCCACUCCACUCAGUCGCAGCGGUCCAGGCGCAGGGGCAGGGGCAGCGCCCGGUGCGUCUCCGCAGCCGCUUCCUCCCCCGCCCGCCGCCGCAGCAUCCCGGCGCUCGCAGCGGCCUUCGUCCGAGUCGCAGAGCCGCAAGACGGGCUUCAAAAAAGUUUUAACUUUAAAGCAGCUAAAAGAGGUCAUCGAGGACAUUUACACCUCCAAGACGAAGUACGACGAGCGGUGCCGGCAAAAUCAGCUGCCGCGGGAAACAAUGGAGCAGCACAUGUACACGUACUUGAACCAAAAGUACGGUCUGCGUGAGAUCAUUUUGGAGUGGGCCACCGCGAUUGUGCAGGCGGUGCGGCGGUACGCGGCGACGGACAACGAUGUGGCGGUCUUUGGCAAAAUUCUGCGCAACGAGGUGGACGAGGAAUUCCGCCUCGUGCAGCAGCACGUACGGGAAACCGCGAAGGAGCUGCUGCGGCUGCAGAUCAAAGCAAAACGACCGCACAGCGGCGUUGUUGAACUGAACCGCGCGCUGCAGGAGGCGCUGGACGGCACGGUCACCGAGGAUGUGUGGAAGGAGGUUGUGAAGUAUAUGUACAACGCCGCCGACGCGGCCCUCAUCACAGGCAUCCUUCACCAGUUCCUGUAUCGUCAGUCACUGCCGAGGCUGCAGCGCCACCGCGCAGAGGAAAUCAAACUGUCUCCCACCGCCGUGUUCUCGCAGCUCUCGUACAAGGACUUUGUCCGCCUUCUUUUGGACUUUCAGCUCGACGGGCACGAGCGCUUUCUGGAGCCGUACGUCCGCAUCUUCAGACGACACGACAAGGACCGCAACGGCAUCGUGAACGACGCGGAAUUUGCGGCGAUCGUGCGCGAGUUGGACGCGACCAAACCGGAGGAGGAGGUGGCGGCCAUGGUGCAGCAGAUUGACCCCUACGGCAGCCAGCUGAUCACCUUCUCCGAGAGCAUAACGCUUUUGAACGAGGAGCUUUUGAGGCUGACCGAAUCUCCGCAAAACCCGCAGGAGUAG